AUGCUUGUCGAUGGUGACGCCCGGAGCACCUCGAAACACUGCCACCCUUACGUCCAUUUGCACUGCACCCUAUUUCCAACCCCUCGACCAGGACGCCUUCUGAUAGGAAACAGUCUCAGCACAGCAUUCUUACCUGAAAAUUAUUAUUAUCUCCUCCAUCUACUUCCUACAUUCACACGCCCAAGCAUCCUGUGA